AUGAAUGGUCUGGAUCAGAUGCAGGAGUAUGUCAAAGAAAAUCCCCUCACAAGGGAGCAGCUCAGCGCGCUGCUGGACACGUCGGGCCAGCUGCUGGGCGACAACAACCACAAGGUGGCGCUCAAGGCGCUCCAGGUGUGGGAGGCGCUCGUGUUGAACCAGGGGGACGCUGUCAAGCCGUUCCUCAACAACCUCCUCCCAUUUGUGGUGGAGCGCCUCAGCGACAACCGCCAGGAGGUCAGGCAGGCGGCCUGCAACCUGAUGCUGGAGAUGCUGCAGUCCCAGGUGCUGCGCCCUGACGCGAUGAUGGACCGCCUCGCGCGGUUCUGGGCCCACAAGCACUGGAAGGUGCGCCACGGCCUCCUGCAGUUCGUGGCCGAGGCGGUCUGCAUGAUGGGGGAGCCGGCGCUGUGCGCGCGGGACUCGCAAGACCCUAAGAUGGUGAUCGGCCAGGUGCUGAAGCUGGCCGAGGAUCCGGAGAGCGCCGUGCGCGACGCCGCGAUCGAGUGCCUGGAGGAGGUCUACCGCGUUGUAGGGGAGCGCCUGAUCGACAUCGUCAGCAGUUACGGCCUGCGCCCAGCGCAGCUGCGUGAGAUCUACGCGCGCCUAGGCCACGCCCCUGCGCCGACGGCAGCGUCGGGCGGCGGACUGGACGCGGCCGCGCAGCGCGACACGGCGGCAAGCAGGGCGGAGGGGGCCGGCAGCAUACGGCAGGCGGAACAGGGGUUGCCCGUGCCCGCAGGCGCCGCGCUCGUCAAAACGUUUGGCGGGGCCGCGGCGGCCCCUGGCGGCGAUGGCAGCUGCCCCGGCAGCCCGGCGUCCGAAGCGCAGCCGCAGCAGCAGAAGCAGGCGGCCCCGCAGCGCCCACGCAGCGCGGGCACGCGCCCCUCAACGGCCGCCGCCGCCGCCGCGCCCGCCGCCGCGCGCCGCGGCGGCUUUGGGGACGCUGGCGGCGUGGGCGUGGCGGGCGAGCUGCCGGCUGCAGAGGCGCUGGUGGUGGCGAACGAGCGGGAGCUGCGCUUGGAGGUGGAUAAGAUCACGGCCACGCUGGUGGGCGGCACCACGGAGGACUGGCAGAAGCGCAUCCAGGCGAUGCUGCGGCUGGAGGGGCUGGCGAAGGGCGGCGCGGCCGCGUUUGAGGGCGCGUUUGACGAGGCGCUGCGCCCGCUGCGCGACCCAAUGGGCGAGCAGCUGCUCGACAGGCGCUCGGCGGUUUCGCGGCAGGCGUGCCACGUGCUGGCGGUGCUGUCGCGUGCGCUGGGGCCGAGGUUCGACGGGUUUGCGGCCGCGAUGCUGCCGCUCCUUUUCAAGGUGGGGGCGGCGCGCCGCUUUUACCUGUCUGCGCCGGCCUGCCGCGUCCAGCCCCGCGCCUGCAACCCCGCCGCGUUGCGCGGCAAGCCCUGGUGA